CGCGGGACAACGUCAGAUCAUAGAAACUUGUCGCUGAAAAGUGGAAUCGCCUGCAACUCCGCGACCGGUUGGACGAACAGUGUCCCGCUGGCGAGCCCCCAUCUUUUUUUUUUUCUCUUAGGGGGCAGCGAUUCCUCCACAGACAGCUGUCCAUUGAUUAUCAGCUUCGGUUGUAAUUACUAUUAGCGAACAAGUUUCAUUAAAUAAUAAUAGUCAUUGUAUUCAAUUCUCUUCGGGAAGCCAGAACUCACUCAGCCGUGACCAUCUGGUCAAUAAAAGCGCUUUUAAUGUAAAGAUCACUUACAGUGGACAACUUUAAAGUCGUAACUGUAGAUUGGCGUCUGUCGAGGAUUAUUAUUUUAACACUUCCAACUGUCAAAUUUUCAAAAAUCUGGAUAAUAAGUGCAGACAUCGAGUUUUCAUAGGUUUUUAACCAAAAAUAUACAAAUACGUAACUUGAAGUAGAUCAGUUGAUAUCAGCCCAAAAUGAGACAAAAGUUGAACCAAUACAGAAUCAACUAAAAAGACGAGGGCGUAUCUAUUACAAGUAGACCUACUCCCCCACAGAUCUCUCUUCGAAUAUAUAAUUGCACACUCACUUUAAAAACAUAGCGUUCAAAACGGAUUCCGGCAUUGAAUUGAGCUGCGAAAUAUUGCUACACAGUCUCAGUGCAGAAUCAAAGACAGAAGACAUUCCUGGAUGUGAAGUCAGAUCUAAUUCUUUAAGACAACGAAAUUCGCAUGCCAGUAGCUAGCAGUCUUUAUGUUUUAAUUAAAGCGAAACAGCAAUAGUUUGGGGAAUUUCCAAUCUGAUAUCCCAUCAUGCCUUUUGGAGCAUUUACUAAUUUGAAGGACCGGGUUCUGCAGCCGUCUAAAGAUGCUACACAGCUGGCCAAGGACUCAAUACACAGGUUGGUCAGCAAGCAGAACGAUGAGAAAAGCCUGGUCAAGUACGACGAACUGGACGACGCCUAUACAGAGGCAGACGAACUUCCAAGCAAAUCAGAAAAGUCUUUCAUCCCCCGAAAAUCCUACAUUCCCAGAAACUGUCCAUGUUUUAGGUGUAACGUGGCGAAGAGGUACCAGAUCGCUUUGCUGAGCUCUGUAGGCUUUCUGCUUUCGUUUGGGAUCCGUUGUAACAUGGGCGUUGCCGUCCUCGAUAUGACCAAAAACAGCACCAGGGAUUUAGAUGGAGACGGUGUCAUAAGCCUGAAUGACUCCAUACAGGAGCCUGAGUUUAACUGGACCCCCGAGACAGUAGGAGUGGUGGACAGUUCGUUUUUCUGGGGUUAUAUCGUGACACAAAUCCCCGGAGGUUACCUCGCAUCUAGGAUCUCAGCCACAAGAUUAUUUGGACUGGCCAUUGGUAUUUCUGGCUGUCUGAACUUACUGUUACCAGGAGCUGCGGAGAUACACUACGGACUGGUCAUCUCCGUCAGAAUUUUACAAGGUCUGGUAGAGGGUGUCACUUAUCCAGCUUGCCAUGGAAUCUGGAGACACUGGGCGCCGCCCUUGGAACGCUCUAUGCUGGCCACGAUAUCAUUUUGUGGGUCGUACGCUGGUGCUGUCCUCGGGAUGCCUCUCAGUGGGAUCUUAACUCGGUACUUGGGAUGGCAAUCUGGCUUUUACGUCUUCGGUGUUCUUGGAGCCAUCUGGUCAGUUGCUUGGUGGUUCCUGUCCUACGAGAAGCCCUCCACUCACCCGACCAUCACAGAAGAGGAGAGGGUCUAUAUUGAGACAAGUAUAGGGGAAACAACCUCAAUGUCCAUGAAGAAUAUCGGGACGCCAUGGGUGGCUUUUUUCACCUCCAUGCCGGUGUGGGCCAUUAUGGUGGCCAACUUCUGCAGAUCGUGGACCUUCUAUCUACUUAUCAUAUCCCAGCCUGCUUACUUUGAGGAAGUGUUUGGCUUUAAGAUUGACGAGAGUGGCACCCUGUCCGCACUUCCACAUCUUGUGAUGGCCAUCAUUGUCCCCAUUGGGGGCCAGAUUGCUGACUUCUUGAGACGCCGCGUGCUGACCACUACAGUCGUCAGGAAAAUUUUCAACUGUGGAGGUUUUGGAAUGGAAGCUGUCUUCUUGCUUGGAGUCAGUUUCACCAGAGACACGGCGCCUGCCGUGGUGUGUCUGACACUUGCUGUGGGGUUCAGUGGUUUCGCCAUUUCGGGUUUUAAUGUCAACCAUCUCGACAUCGCUCCCCGCUACGCCAGUAUAUUAAUGGGCCUGUCCAACUCGGUGGGGACACUGGCCGGAAUGCUGUGUCCGAUAGUAGUUCAGGCCAUCACGAAGGACGCCAGGAAUAACGUGGAAGUGGCCAAGACAGAAUGGCAGUACGUGUUUCUUAUAGCCAGCUUGAUUCACUUCGCUGGUGUCAUUUUCUACGGCAUAUUCGCUUCGGGAGAGAAACAGCCAUGGGCGGAUCCUCCUGGUGAGGAAACGUGGAGACCAGAACAUACUCUCAGACCCAACGACGAAAGCUGGAAGUUCAGUAACCAUGGCAACCCUCACUACGACGGCGGCAAGACCAACUACGGGGCCACCACGGACAAAGGUUACGACGACUUUGUACCCACCCAGUACAGUCCAGUUUACGAGACCAAGGAGAGCUUCGUCCAGAAACCAGCCAAAGAAAAAUACUACAGCGACGACAGUGAUAGGGGAUUCUAGAUAAAAAAAACUUGUGGCUAGGUUUUUUUGUUUGUUUGUUUUUUACUUUAUCUGUUUUCCCUGUUGAUGAGUUAUUGUAGAAUGCUUAGCGUCGUAGACACUGAAUGACUCUUACUUUUUAUUUGUUUACUGUUUCAUCGAUACAAAAACAUAGUACUCAUUAUUAGUAAAACAUACAAUUGUAAGUUAACAAAAAAAAAUACUCAGUAAAAACGAACACUUUUUGUAAUGUCAUUAGGUGUCAUGAACAGCGUCUCCUAAUUGACUUGUGCGAACAUUUUAUCAUCGCAUAAAAGGAGGCAACUCUACGAGGGUUAAUAGUCAAAGAUCAUGGAUGCUUAUUAGUAAUGACAAAAGCAAACACUGACUUCAAGACUUCACACACACUGAGUCUAGUUCCCUGGUUCGCAUGUCCUUGCUAGCGAACCGCUUUCCUGACCAGUGACUAAAUUUUCAGUGUAGCUUCAAGUCAGCAAACCUGGUAUCAUGCAAGACGAUGUACACCUCUUUUCUAACUUAGUUCCGGAUCUCCCAACUCUCUGUUGCUUCGGGCAGACGUAAAUAUUGUAAAAGUAAACAGUCCCUGUCUCUUUUCGCAGUCAUGUCUCUCUUCGCAGUCAUGUCUCUCUCCGCAGUCAUGUCUCCUCUAUCCUCAGUCAUGUCUGUCUCCACAGCCAUGUCUUUUGUCGGUGUUCACUUGUGCGCAACAUAGGCGCCGGCGCAGGGGCUUUGGUACUAAAAUACAAAUUAAAAAACAAGCAAAAGAAAAAAAGAACACUUUUUAAAA